AUGCCCGAAACUUCGCUGUCGAAAGAGGAUUGGCUACUAUGGAUGGAGGUUAUAGGAGGCUUUGUCGCCUCCGCGGGUCUUGAAGCCGCCGUCCAAGCAGGCCACGUCCGUUCCACCCCCGAUGGCUCUUCCCUUGUAUCCUUUGUAACAGCUUCCUUACAUUCGUACGCUCAUUCAGCUGUACCUUAUGUACGCGCUGCGUGGCAGGCGUUGGACGAGACGGGCUUAGAUGCGGACACGGAUUCACUGCCUACGAAGCGAACAGAUCGUGUGAAAAAUGUGGUACAGAAGCUCCAAGUUCUGGACGAAGAAUAUGAUGGGCUGACGGGUAGCAACCAUGUAGCGAGACGUGCAUCUAGAACACAAGGCGCGGCGUUUUUGACGCUGCUUGUUAGAGGAUUCCCUGCUGCUCACGGUGUAGAUGUGGUUUCUGUGUUCAAGACGGAAGUCAGGGCUUCACGAACGGCCGGACAUUUACCGAUUUGCUUUGGCGUAGUCUCCAAUUGCCUUGGAAUAUCUUUAGAACGAACGUCGCAUCUCUUCCUCUUUCUUCACGUACGCGCCAUCCUUUCUGCCGCGAUUAGACUCAACCUCGUCGGCCCAUAUCAGGGCCAACAGCUCCUCCUCACUCUUCAAAAGUCUGUUGAAAGCGUUUUAAAAAAGCAAUGUGAGAUAAAAUCGGGGGUGGAUGAAGAGAUUGGGAGAGGAGCCUGGCAGACAGCGCCUGUUGUGGAUAUUUUGCAGGGUCUACAUGAUCGACUGUAUUCUCGAAUGUUUAAUAGUUGA